AUGGCGGUAAUCUGGGGUCUCGACAUGAAGGAGAUGCAAUGGGGCAAGUUCAAGUCCGGCUACAUGUGGAACAACACGUACCACAACCGUCGCACAAAGUUCAUCAUCUACCAACUCGCCAUGAUUCUCUGCGUUGUCAGUGAGAGUCUGGGAACCGCUGCGCUAUCUGACUACGUCGACCAGCAAAAGUUCGUCUCAAAGCUCGACCGCAACGUCAUGAUCCACAACAACAACUUCGUCGGCAUCGCAUCGUACAACAUCUUCGUUGGUAUCUUCGUCGCCACCAUUUUCGGUGCCGCCUUCUUCUUCGAUCUCUUCUGGCCCGAGCGACAAGAGUCGAGAGGCGUCAUCAACGCUUGGAAAGCUUGCUCAGUCUUUGCUUGCAUGCUUACGCUCUCCGACGCCCUUGCAUACACUUACAUCACCGCGAGCAAGAGUGCGCACCUAACCGGCACGGACUUCGAGCGCGGACAGGGCCUGUUGUCGCAGUUCAAGAAGGCCGGCGAGACUCCGCUCGCUUACAACAAGAAUGGGCGGGCGAUUGCUAGUGUUGUAUUCUUGUGGCCGGGCAUGAUCUUCACUUUUGUCAGUUCCCAUGCCGGUCCUUCCUCCCGUGGCGGUCCGUCCAGUCGUCCUGGUCCUUGGACUCCUCGUCGGGAUUCAGAGCUGAACAAGCUGAAGAAGAAGCACAAAACAGACAUCAGCGUUGUCAGAGACGGACCCGCAGACCCACCUGCUCUCGGAAGGUGGGGACGUCACGAUGCUGCGCAUGGUCCUGUCGAAGAGACCCUUGUUGAGGAGACGCCUAUCGAGACGCUUAUAGAGCGGAAUAGGGCCGCAGUGCAGAGGAUGCUACAGGAAGGAGAUCCGGAUAGGGAUGAGAUGAUUAGGCAACGCAGCGAGGAGUUACUAAACAAGAACAAGGACUUCAUCAGCGAAAGGCCGUUGAGCCCCCAGGAGUCUAGAUGA